UCUUCACUGGCCCUGGCUGUGCAUCGCAAGGCCCCGCCCUUCCUCGCCAGUCCUGCGGCCGCCCCUCGCUCCACCCCAACGCGCCCGGGACUUCCGGACAGCGGUGAAGGUCCAGGCUGGGGCUAUGGGGCCUUCGGUGCUGUCCGCCUGGCUGCAGUCCAGGUAUAGAAAAAAUGUGUAUCUUUUCAUCUAUUACUUAAUCCAGUUCUGUGGCCACUCAUGGAUAUUUACAAAUAUGAUGGUCAGAUUCUUUUCAUUUGGAAAAGAUUCAAUGGUUGACACUUUCUAUGCUAUUGGACUCGUCAUGCGAAUUUGCCAAUCCAUUUCGCUCUUGGAACUGGUGCACAUAUAUGUUGGCAUUGAGUCAAAUCAUCUUUUCCCACGGUUUUUGCAGCUCAUGGAGAGAGUAAUCAUCCUUUUUGGGGUGAUCACCAGUCAAGAGGAAGUCCAAGAGAAAUAUGUGGUUUGUGUUUUAUUCAUCUUUUGGAAUCUAUUGGAUAUGGUAAGGUACACUUACAGCAUGUUAUCAGUCAUAGGGACAUCUUAUACCAUCUUGACAUGGCUCAGUCAAACACUGUGGAUGCCAGUUUACCCUCUGUGUGUUCUAGCCGAAGCAUUUGCCAUCCAUCAAUCACUGCCUUAUUUUGAAUCACUUGGCACUAACUCCACCACGUUACCCUUUGAUAUAUCUACCUGUUUUCCAUACAUGCUGAAGCUGUAUCUAAUGAUGCUCUUCAUAGGUAUGUAUUUUACCUACAGUCAUCUUUACAUGGAAAGAAGAGAUGUCCUCAGAGUCUUUUCCAUAAAAAAGAAAAUGUGAGGAACAGCAUUCCAGCAGGAUAAGAGAGAAGACAGGUUUUCAGAUUAAGCUGCAGCAAAUACAACACAACACUGGACACAUUAUGGUGGGACAACACCUACUUGACAAAAAUAUGUAACAUGAAUUACUGAAGUCCUCACAACAGUCUGUGUUGUUCAUUCACUGUAUUUUUAAACAUAUACUCUUCAUACGCCCUGCUUCAUCAGAGCUGUGGAUUUCAUGCAAGUUACAUCUGUACUGUGUGAAUUGUAUUUUUUUUCCUGUAAAGUUAAUGAAAAAUAGAUUAACUGGAAUAAAUUCAAUUGACUUGAG